AAUCAUAAUGGCUGAACAGACUGAGGAUCUGAAAGCUUUUGAACGUCGACUGACUGAAGUCAUUGACAAGUUACAGCCUGCUGCUAGAGUAUGGAGAAUUAUUCUAGUCUUUAUAUCAGUAUGCACUGCGGUGGGAGCAUGGACAUGGUUAUGGGAUCCAGAAACACCAAAGGUGACCUUCACUCAGUCAUUGUGGAACCAUCCGUUCUUCACAAUCAGCUGUCUCGCACUUCUAAUUUUGUUCUUCUUCGGUAUUCAUAAAAGAGUGGUUGCACCAUCAAUUAUUGCAUCCAGAUGUCGUCAAGUUCUGAAUGAUUACAAUAUGUCAUGUGAUGAUACUGGAAAAUUAAUAUUAAAACCAAGACCGUCUUCAUGACAGCAAGAUUUGGAAGUGCAAAUUUGACGUGUGUGUGUGUGUGUGUGUGUGUGUGUGUGUGUGUGUGUGUGUUUGAAAAUAAUUAGUUAUGAAAAGUUCAUCCAGAAGAGUGCAUAAAACAUUAUACAGUGUGUUGAAAUCAUAAUGUUCUGUUGCUGCAUAACCAUCUUGUGUCUGGGGAGUGACGUAGCCCAGUAGUAAAGUGCUCGCUUGAUGCGUGGUUGGUCUAGGAUCGAUCCCUGUUGGUGGGCACAGGCUAUAUCUUGUUCUAGUCAAUGCACCAUGACUGGCAUAUCAAAGACCAUUGUAUGUGCUAUCCUAUCCUGUCUGUGGAAUGGUGCAUAUAAUGGAAAGAUGUAGUGGGUUCCUCUUUAAGACUAUACGUAAAAAUUACCAAAUAUUUGACAUCCAAUAGCCGAUGUGCUAUAGUAGUGGUGUUAAACAAAACAAACUUUAACCAUCUUAAAGUUUGUCAAACCUCAAUCACCCAACUGAAAAUUGGUCAAAACUGAUAUUGUGAACAUCAUUGAUAUUAAUUUUGUGUGGCGGCAGCGGGUUUCCUCUUUCAUUAUCUGUGUUGUCCUUAACCAUAUUUCGUACGCCAUAAUUGAAAUGUGUUGAGUGCAUCAUUAAAGGGAUUGCAGUCAUUAUAGAUUGUUUCUGACUCUUUUUUGACGACACAAAGUACAUAUAAAAUAAAUUUUCUUGUCUGUAUAUCCAGUAAGUUUGCAGUUGUGAGCUAAUGUGUGUAGCAGUAAUUUUUCAUAAUUUUACUUCAUAAUAUUGGGUUUUUUUAUACAAACAAAAUUAAUCGUAAAAUUCGGUUUGGGUUACUGGUACUACAAAUAUUAAGAUGACAACAAAUGCCUUGUUUAUGCACAUAUUGACAUUUUAAACAAGAAAAUGUAUUUAAUGUAUAAUUGUAGUCGGCAAAGAGAUUCUGUUAUUCUCUCAUCCCUAGCUAUGCAAGACAGACCCAUUCCAUGACGUCAGCCUAUAUGGAAUAAAUCUGUCUUGUAUAGGCUAUGACAUCAUUGCAUUUAACAUGGGGAGUAGUACAUCGUUGGUAAUAUAUGA